UGACUUAUCUGGAAGUGGAAGCUUUUGUGAGCGGAAGUACAUUAAGUAAUAGUCGGUCUUCGUUGAUCGAGUGCACCUUACAAGUCACUUCAAGGGGUGCUGCGCUUACCAGAGGUUUAGGAGUUUCUCAAGAUCAUACCAGCAGCCAUGUCAGCUGUGGUAGAUCUAAAGACGAAGGAGGAGAAAGAUGCGGAACUGGACAAAAGAAUUGAAGCCCUGCGGAAGAAGAAUGAGGCUUUGGUUAAGCGAUAUCAGGAAAUACAGGAAGAUAAGAAGAAGGCUGAACAGGAGGGCAUCGCUGUGACAACAGCUCGCAAACCUCGCCCUCAUGAGCAUGAGUCUGAACGAAGAAAGACAGAGAAGGAGAAUUUCACAGUAACAGUCGACUUAUCCAAACCAGCUGGGGAGAAGCGUUUUACAAAUGACAGAAAACCAGCUGGUCCUCGUGGAGAUCCUGGGCCAGAAGAAGAGGAGCCUGGUCGGCCACAUGGCGAGAGUCCCCCAAACAGAACCGGAUCAGGCCGGCUAAGCAGAGGCGGCCAACGCAGGGAACGAAGAGAGCCUCGUCCAAACAAAGGCGAACCACGACCAGACAGGCAACCUCAGGAUGGUGAAGUUGGAGAGAGUCCCGCUCAUACUGAACGCUCCUCUAGAGGAGGACGAAGAGGAGGAAGAGGUGGAGGAGGAGGUGGAGGCGGAAUGCAAGCAGGACCUGGCUCAGAUAGAAAGUCAAAGGAGUGGGAGGAGAAAAGAAGACAGAACAUAGAGAAAAUGAAUGAGGAGAUGGAAAAGAUUGCUGAAUAUGAGAGAGGUCAAAGGGCUGAUGGAGAGAAGAUUCCUAUGAGGAACUUUCUUGAUGACCCACGGCGCAGCGGACCCAUCCCAGACACUGACCGCAAAGAGGGAAGCAGACGACACGUGCGCAACUGGGGUGGAGUUGACUUUGACAAUGUGAAGACUGGUCCAGAAGUUGAGAAAGAAUGGACGAAUCGUAGGCCUGGUGGUAAAGGCUCAGUGGAUAUGACUCUGUCGAUGACGGGUAGAGAAAGAGCCGAAUAUCUCCGCUGGAAAAAGGAAAGAGAGCAGAUUGAUGAAGAACGACUGGCUCGUCACCGUAACGCAACUGGACAAUGGAGGCGAGAGUGGGACGCACAAAAAACUGAUACGAUGUUCAAGGAGGAAUCAGCUGUGGCUGGUGAGAGCAUGCAAGAACAAAGCAACAGGAGAGCAGCUAGGGGGCGCAAUACCCAUGCACAGCAACGCGGUGCACCUUCAGAAGACAAUAAGAAGCCGCCCAAGACACCAACCUUCGGGGACUUCUUGGGGCAGGGCAAACCCAGACAGGCAGGAGGACGUGGGCGAGGAAAGGGCAAAAGCUACAGCAUGCAUGAUAAUCGGUGGGAAGGAGAAAAUGAAGAGGAGAAAGGAAGAAAGGAGGAGCAAGAGAAGGAAAAGGACGAAGAGAAGGACAAAGAAAAGGAAAACGAAAAUGAGGACAGCACCCUUAAGGCUCCAUUGUCAGAGAAGAAAACUGAAGAAGAAGAGGAAGAUGAGUGGGAGGAUGCCAGCGAUGGUGAAGAGGAAGAUGUGGAAGAGGAUGAAAAAGCAGAUCACGAGGAAGACACGAAAGAUGCUAAAUCAAAAGAAAAGAGCAUUUCCUCUGCUGCAUCCUCUACUCCCAGCCCAAAAGGGCAACGUACCCCAAGACCCAAAGUCCACAUCCCUUCUCCCAAGGAGAUGCUCAGUACACCAGAGGCAGCAAAACCCCCUAGCCCUUUCUCCCCGCUGGACGGCCACCAGCCAGUGUCAGACUGGGGUGAAGAAAUGGAGAUGCUUUCUCCUAAGAGCAGUCUGGGCGAGAGCCCUCUGAGGCCCAGCAGCACCGAAAGCAGUCCUGCUCAAGCUAAGAGCAACCCGGCAGAGAAGGAUGCUACUGACACACACAGCCAUUCUGAAGAAUCAGAAAUAACACCUACUGUGGUGGAUUCCACUUCCUGUGAAACAAAAAAGGAGUCUUUACGAGCUAAAUCUCCCGACACUACCACCUCGAGCAGCCAAGAACCCAUAGUUUCGCCCACCUCAGACAGCACCAGCCAGAGCAAGGAAAUCGAUGUCCCUAAUGUUGAGCUGGACCAGAGUCAGUGUGAAACCAGUCCUGAAGAGGAAACAUCAGUGGAUUCUUCAGAGCAACCGUCCACAGGCUGAGGACUUAAUGCGCAGACCAGAAGCGGAGAAAAGUGGAGACAUCAGGUGUAAUGGACGGCUGUUGACUGUAAAUUAAAGGUUCGAGGGGAGUCCUUGGAUCCUUGCCAUCGCUUCAUCCAAACUACUCAGUGUAUUAUUUAAUUAUUCCUCAUUGGUUGGGACAGUGCUGUUGUCUAGCUAUGCUGCUGCUGCUCUUUUCUCACGUUUACACUGGGAUUAAGUAAAGCAUGUUAAACUCAAGCCACAAAAUUAGGUUUUUAUGACGGAGCAAUGCAAGUUCCUGUUCCCCAAUGUUGUUUGAAACAACGUUUGGCGCAUCAUAAACAUGAUAUCUGAGCUCAGAUUUAUAUUUUAAUGUCAAAAGGCAAUAUAUGAAGUUGUAUUUAUUGCUGAGAGUGGGAUGCUUCACUUUUUUGCAGUCCCGUCAUAAACUAGGGCAUUACUUUUUUUUUUUUUAACUAAAGAAUUCUCACAUUACAUUUUAAUAUUAUAUUCAUGAGAAUGAACUCCAAAUUUUUAAGUUUAGCUUAGUCAAUUGAUGCCCUAGAAAUAAUGUGCACACUGACCAAAGAUUAUAAAAUCAUGGCAAAAUUAUGAGUUUGAAUGAGAAUGAUGAAAUGACUUGGGUGACAGAUCAUGCAUACAAUCAAGUCCAAUUUUAGUUUUGACCUUUUAUUUGUUGUUGCAUCAUGUUUAAGUACUGCAUUUAUCACAAGUGUAUUUGUGUGUUCCUGAUUUUGAAUGGAUGGAGCUGGAGCUUGAUAACAUGCAAUAUGUUUAUGUCUUUUAAACUGACAGACAUUCCAAUGUGUUGUGCGAGUGUUUGUUUCUUUUUUUGUGUGUGUGCAUUGAAUUUCCCUUUUAUUUUCCAGUUGAGCUCACGGAGCAGAAAGAAUCAUGACAUUUGUGAUUGUAUCGUACCUGCUGCACCUCCCUGCAGAUGAAAUGUCUUCCUGUUUGGGGUUAGAAAGAACUUCUAUAUUAUAUAAUUUGGUUUGCCGCUUGUAGGAGGUUUGGUUUGGCUUUUGAGAAGUGCACGUAGCAUGAUACUAAAGUAUUGAUUUUCCUCCAAAGUAUCCUCCUAAGAUUUCAGGCAUUUGUUUUUUUAAGCUUACUGGACAUAAUUUGUUGUUGCUUUAAUCACUGUGUUAUGUAUGAUGUGUGAAAAGUAAGUAAGCAGUGUAACUUUAUCUGUAUUUAGUAAGCUGUCAUAUCAAAUAAAUGACAUACUUGCCUUACUUAU